CAGAGCACGUACGGUGGUGACAGGAGGGGGCCGUCGCAAGAUCAGCAGCGCACGCACGGUGGUGACCGGAGGGGACCAUCGCAAGAUCAGCAGCGCACGCCCGGUGGUGACAGGAGGGGCCCAUCGCAAGAUCAGCAGAGCACGCACGGUGAUGACCGGAGGGGCCCAUCUCAAUAUCAGCAGCGCACGCCCGGUGGUGACCGGAGAGGCUCAUCGCAAGAUCGACAGAGCACGUACGUUGGUGACCGGAGGAGCCCAUCGCAAGAUCAGCAGCGCACGUACAGUGGUGACCGGAGGGGCCCAUCGCAAGAUCAACAGAGCACGCCGGAUCACCAGCAACAGAGACAACCGCCAAACAGGGAUGCGCCAACAUGGCAGGACAGACCGCGGAAGGACAACCCAACCGAGAUGGCACCAAGGCAAACGGAUAGGCCGCUGGCGUGGAGGCCCGCUACGCCGUCGUGGAUGAGUCGGGGAAGAGGUGGAGUAGUGUAAUGGAAUACAUCGGACUUCAAGCAGUUACGGGCAACAGUAUUACACAUAUGUAGCUACCCACGGGCAAGCUGGAGGUGCUUAGAGUUAGGGGAUCCAAGCAUAGAAUCCCCGUGGUCUCUCGGAAUCAUCACAGAUAAGGGUCUGUUCAAUAGGUGA